GUUCAAAGUUAGUUAGGAAGUGAGCAGAAGGCAGCUGCACAAUCACAACAGAGAUUCUUGGCAAAGCGAGAGCAUCGAUUUAUGGUUGCUUAGACCGUUCAUCCAUAGCUACAGGCAAAUGAUUUAGGAUACUCUAAACAGAACACGAGAUGAGCAUGGAGAAUAUCACGUUUGUGAAUGGCUCGGAAGAGGCAGAAGUUGGAAUGUCACGUGAUGCUAAUGGCAAUGGAACGAUUGACCCGGAAGAGAAGGUCAGCAUUGUCGCCAUGAUCUUCUUGCCUAUCAUCAUCUUUGUAGGUAUAUUUGGCAACACAUUAGUCUGCAUUGCUGUCGUCAGAAUACAAAAGCUUCGUACUGUGGCUAAUUCCUUCGUGGUCUCCCUGGCCAUAUCUGAUCUCGCUGUGUGUGUGAUCGUCCUACCAUUGGGUCUGUAUGAGGCACUGAACUUUGGAUCUUGGCACCUAGGCGAUGUCCUCUGUACUACUUGGCUAUCCUUGGAUGUCAUCCUCAGUACAGCUUCAGUCUGGAACCUCUGCGCCAUCGCGGGAGAUCGUUGGCUCGCCAUCACCAAGCCCAUCUGGUAUGCCAACAGGAGAUCUGCUAAGCUAGCCAGUAUUGCCAUGGCAGUGGCUUGGGGCGUCCCCGUGCUUCUUACAUUACCUUCCAUGGUUCUCAUGCAUUACAACUACCGUGAACCCAACGUGUGCUACCUUAAUGUCAACUUUCCAUAUGUUAUUACGGCCUGCAUCAUCGCCUUCUACCUACCGUGUCUUCUCGUUCUCGGGGUCUAUGUCCGUAUCUUCAUAGCGGCAAGAGACCACUUCCUCCGCAAGCCUUCCGCUGUCCGCAGACGAAAGCAGUCCUCAAGUUGUCCCGACAGUAUGGGUGAUAGCAGUGGCAAUGCAAACGCAGGGAUCACAAUGAACGGCAAGACAGAGUAUACAACAACGACCGGUAGUAUGGGAAACAUCAACGUUAUCAACAACCCUCUCCGCAAGAUCAGUACAUCGGCUUCGACAGAGAACUCUCUUGAUCUUCUGGACAAGCAGGACACCCGACCUCCGUUGAAACGGCGGACGUCUCGCAUUCCACGUAUUUCAGUGAGCAAGGAGAAGAAAGCGGCCAUAGUCCUAUCGAUCGUAGUAGGUGCGUUCAUUAUCUGCUGGUUGCCUUACUUCACUACGGUUCUCAUCUACGCUGCUUCACAGGGAGAAAUUAUGGCCUCAAAUGAAGUUUUUGUUGCAUGCUCUUGGUUGGGUUGGAUGAACAGCAUUAUCAACCCCAUCAUAUACACUAUUUUUAACAAGGAUUUCAGGAAAGCUUUCAAAUACAUCUUAAAAUGCCAGUGUGAUAACUGGAUCUCUAUGCGUACAUCAAGCUCUCGUUAACUCUUGCAGUGCCAGAGGUGAAAAUAUGCACCAAUUAAUACACACAAUACGCACCAUAAGAGUUAAAUUGAUCACUGACUGAAAUCUAUCCUCCGGAAGGGGUGGAUAU